AUGUCGGAAUCUAAAUAUUCGUUUCCGAAUCCGACUCCGUCCUACGAUUCCAAAUCUAUGUCAUUUAAGUCACAAACAGAUCAGAACAUGUCUGUCUCUUUGACUCCCUCUCCACCCAUCCCAUCUCCAACCUCUGAACCUUACCCAUCUCGUUCUCUUGCACCCCUUGAGCCUCAACAUCCUCAACAUUCCGCUAUACCAUCUUAUUUAACAGCACAAAGACGAGGUUCCAUCACGGAUCCUUCACUUCAUAUGUCUGUCCCGAACCCAGAAUUGGCAAGACAAUAUUCUCAGCCUGACGUUAAUUUUCCUUCAACAAAUUCUGGGUCGGGAUCUUCUGAACGUCGCAGUUCAUUUGUAUCAGAUCAGUUUCCAUCAUCACCAUUUCCAUCUCUAUCACGUCCAUCUUCUGUAAAAGGCGAACAGUCGAUUCAGUCUUUUUCACCUCUGGAAACGCGCAAACUUAGAGAUGCGUUGCCAUCAAUUAGCGCUAGCGCAAGUCCAGUUAGGGAUGGUUUUCCAGGUCCAUUAAUGAAUCCAGCUUUUCAAGCUCAAUUACAACCGCGACGUCAUUCUAUUGCAGUCGGAGAAGUUGUUUCACCCCUCAAAAGAAAAAACACUAUUGGCACGCCGGCACCAAGUCAUCCAAUUAUGCCAGAGGAUUAUCCUGUAAAACGAAGAGAAUCUGUUGGUGAUCCAAACAUACAGCGUUUGUCAUUGUAUGAUCGCAGAAAUUCUUAUUCUGCUCCCUCUAGUCCUCCACCGCCAUCAUCAUCUCUUAUUUCCAGUAAUUCUCUUCCCAAACUUAAUGUGCAGGAUGUGGAAAAUGGUUUACAGGCUCAUACUGAAUCAUGUGCAUAUAAUAAUGAUAAUGUAUCAGACCAUCCAGGAGCUAAUAAUAUGUCAACAUCUCAUAUUGGUGAACAAAAUGAUCUUUCAAUGGCUUAUACACCUCAUUUUAGUAAUCCUCGUUUAUCUCAAAUUGUUCAAGAGGAAGUUAGUGCCCCAAUAUUGGCUCGUCGUGCUUCCAUGCCUGUUAUGACAUUUCCGUCUCGAUUUACAGAUCCUGUUCAACAGGAUGGUGUGCCCAUGGACGUUGAUCGUUAUCGUUCUCAAGUUUAUCCUACCCAUCAUCAUUCAUAUCAUCCAUACGCUUAUGAUUAUCCUAGUUACAUUCAACAACAACCACCAGUUAAGGAGACACCUUACUCUCCUGUGGAUUUUAUCAACACUUUGAAACAUAAUCAAGAUGAAAUGGCCAAGGAAGUAGAGUCAUUGAGACAGCAACUUGCCGCAUUAAAGGGUUGCGGCAGCAGGUAA